UGACAGGUAGGUGGAUGGUGACGGCUGUAGGUAGGUGACAGGUAGGUGGCCCGGACAUACUCAGCAGCACUGGCCCCGCCCCCUCCUUCCCCUCAGAUUUUCCUCACUGCACUGAGCGGAUGAUGCAAUCAAAUUGCCAUCACAUGGGCGUGGCCUGUUUGUUGACAUCCUCGUUGCUGUGGGCGUGGUUACGGACAAGUCUUCAGCGGGGCGGGGUUUAUUGAAUAUAAACUCUAUAGAGAGCCGUGCUGGCGUGUAAUGGGCGGGGUCUGCGAGCCUGCAGGUGUCGCGGAUUGGCUGCGUCACGUGUCAGGUGGGCGGGCUAUGGGCGUGGCCAGGCCUGUUUGGACACAGGGGUCUCGGGUCUCUCCUCAGAGUAGUGACCGGCCGGGGAGGCGGCUGUGAGCUGUGAGGCCGAUGCCCGCGCUGGGCGCUCAGUAUAACGGGGCAGCGGGGAUGGAGCCGCGGGUGUUUGAGCUGUUCGGACCGGCGGGCGGCAGCGGAGCCAGAGGGAAAGCCGGGAGCAAGAGCAAGAAAGCCGGGAAGAGCCGCGGCCGGGGAGCGAAGAGCAACAACCCCCCGUACCUGCCCCCUGAGGCGGAGGAGGGGAACAUAGAGUACAAGCUGAAGCUGGUGAACCCGUCGCAGUACCGCUUCGAGCACCUGGUGACGCAGAUGAAGUGGCGCCUUCAGGAGGGGCGCGGCGAGGCCGUCUAUCAGAUCGGAGUGGAGGACAACGGUCUCCUGGUGGGACUGUCGGAGGAGGAGAUGCGAGCGUCCCUGCACACGCUUCACCGGAUGGCAGAGAAGGUUGGAGCGGACAUCACGGUGCUGCGGGAGCGCGAGGUGGAUUAUGACAGCGACUUCCCCAGGAAGAUCACAGAAGUUCUGAUCCGCAAGGUCCCAGACAAUCAGCAGUUUCUAGAUUUGCGCGUUGCUGUCCUGGGAAAUGUGGAUUCUGGAAAAUCAACUCUCCUGGGCGUCCUCACACAGGGGGAGCUGGACAACGGGCGCGGGCGCGCCAGACUCAACCUCUUCCGCCAUCUUCAUGAGAUCCAGUCCGGUCGAACAUCCAGCAUCAGCUUUGAGAUCCUCGGGUUCAAUAGCAAAGGAGAGGUUGUGAAUUACAGCGAGUCUCGCACGGCGGAGCAGAUCUGUGAAAGUGCCUCCAAGAUGAUCACAUUCAUUGACCUCGCUGGUCACCACAAGUACCUGAAGACGACCAUCUUUGGCCUCACCAGCUACUGUCCAGACUUCGCCAUGCUGGUGGUGAGCGCCAACACUGGGAUCGCGGGUACCACGCGGGAGCACCUGGGACUGGCCAUGGCUCUGAAGGUGCCUUUUUUUCUGGUGGUCAGUAAGGUGGACCUCUGCUCCCCGGCCACGGUAGAGAGGACACUGCGGCAGCUGGAGCGCACACUUAAACAGCCCGGCUGCAACAAGGUGCCGUUCAUGGUGCGAUCCGAGGACGACGCCGUCACCGCCGCGCAGCAGUUUGCUCAGUCACCAAACAUCACCCCAAUCUUCGCCAUCUCCAGUGUGUCCGGGGAGUCUCUGGACCUCCUGAAGGUUUUCCUGAAUAUUUUACCUCCGCUCACGAACAGCCGAGAGCAAGAGGAACUGAUGCAGCAGCUGCCGGAGUUCCAGGUUGAUGAGAUCUACACGGUGCCAGAAGUGGGGACAGUGGUGGGAGGAACACUGUACAGUGGGGUGUGCAAGGAGGGCGAGCGCCUGGUGGUCGGACCCACAGAUGGAGGCCGUUUUCUUCCAUUGAGAGUGUGCAGCAUCCAGAGAAACCGCUCCACCUGCCGCGUGUUACGGGCUGGACAAGCUGCGACCCUGGCCCUGGGAGCAUUUGACCGCUCCCUGCUCCGGAAGGGCAUGGUGCUGGUGAGUCCAGAGAUGCUGCCCACCGUCUGCUGGGUAUUUGAGGCAGAGAUCGUCCUCCUGUUCCAUGCCACCUCCUGCCGGCGCGGAGUGCAGGUCACUGUCCACGUAGGGAACGUCCGGCAGACAGCGGUGCUGGAGCACAUACAUGGCAAGGAUGAGUUGAGGACAGGAGAGAAGGCCGUUGUCCGCUUCCGUUUCAUCAAGCACCCGGAAUACCUGAAGCCUGGCACGAAGCUUCUCUUCCGGGAGGGCGUCACAAAGGGGAUUGGACAUGUGUGUAGCCUGCAGGUCAUCACCACGGAGACUGGCACCCUCUGACCUCUGCCGUGGUGCUGACCACUUGACCUGGUGCUGGAGAUCAGGAGCCACAGAAGUGGACACAGUGACCCCAGGGCGGAGCUGCCCGCCUGAUAAACCGCCCUCCCUGGGUUUUACUCCGCGCUCAGAUGCGUCUUUUAUACGGAUGUUUUUAGCCCCUUUUCUACUGUUUAUUUUUUUAAGUAAUAACCCGAUGCUUCAUCUGUGUCGCCCCGGAUGAGGAGGCUGCGAACCCCCCUGUACUGUGGGGUUACACAUGGGACUGGAAUACCCCAGGGUCGUACAUCCGUCUACUCCAUUAUCCCCUGUGGUGGCCAAAGCCCCCGGCACAAUGGGCUCGUCAAACGAGGUAUCGGCUGCCACAGCGGCGGCGCUCGCUCUUCUAACCACGUGUGCAGUUAUGUGGAAUCGUGUGAUGUCUAUAGUUUUGCACGUCUGUUCAGAAUAAAUAGUUUUCCUGCG